AUGUACGAAUGCGUGGUGAAACCUAAAGGCACUCUUCUCCCUUUUCUGCCCAUAUGUAGGCUUAUUCGUACCGUUGUCUUUGUUCUCUUUGCAACCAUUUGUUACAUUGGAAAUGUUAGGCAAGAUAAGGUGCCACUUCUUCGACAUCUCCUGAGUUACCACUUCCCUUUGUCGCCGUCAGGUAGCUCCCGUUCCGCAGUACCGAACAUAUUUUACAAAGCAAACAUGACUAGCUUAAAUGGCAGCAAGAGUUCUGCAUAUGGAACGUUGAAGUUCACUAACCGGAUGGGUACGCCAUUGCCAUCACCUUCAAAGAAGUUGAAGUCGGCACCGGCAGCUACCGGCGUCCCACCGCCACCCUUCACUUUAGCGGUUGGGAAUCGGACCUCCUCCACCAGCCCGAGGACACCUGUUGCCAUGGGUGAAACUUCUGUGGUUUCUUCACCCAAUGGUUACAACCCUCCUUUGCCCACAAUUUCAGAUGCAGCUUCGGGGCAGGGGACUGGAAACGGUACUACGAACAUAGACGGUGUCGCAUAUAACCACAGUCGUCGCCGUAGGCAGCGUGGGCCAACCGGAAAAGCGAGUACGGAUAACAAUAACACCGCGGAGGUUGCCGCAUCAUCUCCGGGUGCUCAACCAUCUUGUAAUUCGUACGAUUCCGGUGGCACAUAUAAUUCAUUCUGGUCCCCCAGAGCAACAAAUGCGGAUGUUUUAGGAUGGCCAAAAGUUGAGGAUCACCAAGUUCCUACGGAUGAUGUGCAAUUAGGCUCUCACACACGUAGAUAUGGUGGUUCCCUCGGAGCUGUACCGCGACUAUCUGUAAAGGUGCUGGGGAUGAGCCCACUUCACGCCAAUCUGCUUGUUGCUCGUCCGUUCGUACGCGUAUGGCUGCUAGACGGCCACACCGGGAGAAAUCUGAUCAAAACAGAGUUUCUACGUUCGUCUUUUGGGGUAACGCACCCCGUUGAUCUCCGGUGUCGUCACACAAGAGCGCCGUGGUGGGGUGCCGAGCUCCUUUUCUGUGUGCAUUCAUCUCUCAUUGAGGAACCAUCAGUAGAUCCACUCUUACUGAUGGAGGUGCUUGAAAGUGGUGAGGAGGCGAUUAACGGUGUUCCCGUUCCGCGAGACGGUUUCUACCCCGUGUGUUGGGGAUUCCUGAAGCUGAGGAGUGCGAAUGGAAGGAUGAACAUGGGGAAACGUUUGAAUAUUCAAAUGUUUCCUUUCCCCGGGCGUGUAUCUGUUCUCACAAGGCUAAUGCAACAGUUGCCAUCCUUCUUGUUUCGCUCCCGAAGGGGGGUGGACGGGGAUGAUAUUGGGCCUUUACACAGCCAAGAAACCACAGAAUACGAGAUGUGUUGUGCCUCCGAUGCGGUUAAAGGCAACGGUAACACGUCCACGCCACCGGCAAUCUUUUACACGUACAAGCGCGCCCAAAACCGUCAGGUUCCAUACGCUGCAACUCUACUCAUUUCGCUGAGAUGGGAAGAUGACAUUUCAUAUGUCCCCAGUGAAGCGCAUAUAUUACCGAGUGAGGAAUGUUUUCUCGAUCAAAUGCCGGUUUCGCAGGACCACAAACCCAGGAGCACCGCAAGAAGUGCAUACUCCGGACGUCCGUGGUCCACGGAAGACAAGAGUGCCAGAUAUGGUAUAAAUACCACAGCUUUAGGGAGAUCUUACUUGCGCAAUGAGGAUGAGCGAGUGGUGCCUCCACCAUUGGUUGUACAGAGCACUCAGAUUGUCGGAAAAGUUACUUGUAUAACAUUUGCCGGCGUUGAAUCUCUGAUGGCACUCGGUGUAACGGACGGAGCUGAUUACUUGAUUCAGCUUCGCCAUGCGCUGGUGUGUGGCGCUCCGAUUUUUGGUGUUUGCCGUGGGCAUGCUGGUCACAUACAUAGUGUUACAUUUCGAAGGGAUAGCCAACUGUUGCUAUCUAGUUCAUCAGACAAAACUGUGAGGGUGUGGCGGUUGGAUAAUUUUCCUUCCGCCACAAUUUCCUACCAGGUGAUGAUCGUUCCGUGCCUAUGUACCCUGCCACAUAGUUUCCCGCUGUAUGAUAGCGUGUUCUUUGAAAGCGUUAUUGUAACUUGCGGUUUUGAUCCGCGGCUCUUUGUAUGGAACUACAAAGAAUUCGACAACCAAGAAGUGGAAACCACGAUUGAAAGGGAGCAGUACAACCACAGCGGUGCGGCAUGGCAACCCGGAAGAGUUGGCAGCGUACCAUUGAGUAGUACAAACUUCAACAUCACCACGGCGGGGUGUGGUGUGGGGCAGGUUGUGUAUGAAACAACUGGCGAUGAUGGAGUAGUCGUUCGUGCGCUUUCCGCUUCGGAUCGUGGACGUCUCUGGUCUGUCGAUACUUUAGGGAAUGUGUUGAUUUGGCAUUCUGAGGAUGGUGUCACGCUUGAUGGCAGUACCCAAUGGAGGAUAAGGACGCGCUACCGUUUCAAAUGCCCAGGGGCUACUAAAGUAGAAGUGCAUGGAGAUAGGGCUUUAGUGACGUGUGAGAAACAUCCUGUGGCGUAUUUGAUUGAUGUCAUGAGCCACCAACUGCUACACACCAUUUAUAUGCAUCAGAAACCGUACAUCCCUGUCGUUACACUCCUCCCUGAUGGCGAGGCAUUUGUGGCGUGUACCUGUGAUGGGCGGUUGCUGUAUUGGGAGUGCUUCUCCGGUACGCUAUGUACUCCACUUAGUGGUUAUGGUGCCAUUCGCACUCACGGGAGUCCUCGCCGCAUUGUGUGGUCGCCCAACCAACAGCUAGCAGCCGUUCUCGGUUCGUGGAACCACAGCAGUUUGGCAAGGAGGGAAUCACAUAGUUCGUUUAUGGCACUUACAAUCGUUGGUGCUCCAAGGGAAGAGGGAAAUGUUUUACUGCGGACAGAUGCUCAUUCUGAAGCUAAGUUUCGCUCUCGCCUUAUCAGUGGUGAGGCGAGUCCUCCUCUAACGAGAGUCAGCUCAGCAGGAACGUCGGAAUCACCCCUAUGGGCCACCUCUGGCCAACCCCAGUCCUCGCGACCCGUCGGGGCGAUGCCUUCCUCCAUUUUUGAGAGUAAAAGUUCUCGCAUAGACAACAUCGUUGCUGUAUGGAAGCAACUUACAUCCCGUCACCGAUGUCGUAGGAGUGAGGAACCUCCGUUUACUGCCAACAGUGGUAUCGACAAGUAUGUUGCAGAAAAUGUGUAA